CCUGCCCUCUUGUUGAUGGGAAAACGUGUCCAUCCCAGGCCAAAAACACCGCAGCAGCUUUCCUUACAAGGAAUUUGGCUGGAGCUCAGCUGGCAAAUACUGCCAGGGGAAGGGACUUCUCCCUCUCUCAGCCUCAUUCAUUCAAGUCAGAUCCAGGCGACCGGCAGCUGUCCAGAGUGAGCGGUUGUCUCUUGGUUGUCCGCUGCAGAGACCUGGCUUCAGGCUUGCUUCUUUCCACCACCACCCCUCCACGUCGGUCCCCAGAGUUUUAGAGAGAGCUUUUCUGCCAGCUGGACACCGAUUUAGCCCGGAUGGAUGAAUGGAUGGAUGUCUAACCUGGGCUGAAUUUCUCCAGCGUUCUUUGAUGGGGCUCCUGUUGUAAACUGAAGAGUUGAAAGAUGUCUUCCAUGUUUGGCAAACCUCGAACUGUCCCCUGGGCGAAUGAACGCCACCUCCCACACCUUCUGCAGGAGUGCAACGUGGCCAUCCUGGGCUGCCAAGGAUCUGGGAAAUCAGCGCUAACGGUGAAGUUUCUUACCAAGAGGUUUAUAAGCGAAUACGACCCUAAUCUGGAAGACACUUACGCUUCGGAAGAGAUAGUAGACCAACAUCCUGUCUUGCUCAAGGUGAUGGAUACAGCCGAUCAGGACAUACCAGUGGGCUGUGAGAGGUAUCUGAACUGGGCCCAUGCCUUUCUGGUAGUCUACAGCAUUGAAAACCGAAAGAGCUUUGAAGGAUGUCAGCAGUACCUGGAUCUCAUUGCUCUCCACUUGAAGACCACGUUCCAUGAAUCUCCAGUUCUCCUGAUAGGGAACAAGCUGGAUAUGGAACAGUACAGACAGGUCACCAAAGCCGAAGGGAUGUCUCUUGCCACCAAGUACGGUUCCUCCUUCCAUGAAGUCUCAGCAUGCCUGGAGUUCGAGUCUGUGCAGCACAUUUUCCACGAGGCAGUACGGGAAGUGAGGAGAGAGUCGGACAGACCUCUGGCAGUCCGGCCCUUGUUCAUCAUUGAAGAGAAGCCCUCGGCUCACUUGGUCCCAACCGCCACCAUUGCCUCCACCUACAAUUCCCUCUCCACUGUCAACUACAAAGAGGUCCCUUCAGUUGCCCGGGCCAAGCUGGUCACGGUCAAAUCCUCAAGAGCUCAAAGCAAGAGGAAGGCUCCAGCGUUGACUUUGCUGAAGGGGUUUAAGAUAUUCUAAGCAAGGAUUCUGCACGGCAGUUCCAAGGUAGAACAAGGAACGCAGCUGUGGCUGGGAUGGGUUCUUGAAUCCCCAUGCAAGGAUGGGGCCAUCUUGAAUAGCCAUCUCCUGGCCUUUCCUGCAGCCCUAGUGGCCCGGCUAAGAAUGCAGCAAAGCAUUUUGGAAAAAGACCAUGAAUUGACGGUGGACAAACUACGGAUGAAACCACCAGGUGGGGAAGGUGGUUCUAAAACCCUUUUUCUUGGUCAUAAACAUGUGGAGGACUCUGCCAUGUGUUGCUUGAGCAAUCGAUGGAAGAAUCCCAUGGAAAGAGUUUGCUCUUGAGGUCUUUUCUUGGGACUGAAUAGAGUAUUUGGGAAGCCAGAGGAGCUACAACCAGCCAAAGAAGGAUUCUACCAUGAAAGAGAAGACAUCAUAGAAUAUCAGAAUUGGAAGGGUCCUUUGAGGACUUCUAGUCCAGCCCCCUGCUCAAGCAGAAGACCCUAUACCAUCCCAGACAGGUGGUUGUCUCUUCUUAAAAGCCCCCAGUGAUGGAGCACCCACAACUUCUGGAGACAAGCUGUUCCACUGAUUAACUUUUCUAAUUGUCAGGAAAUUUCUCCUUAGUUCUAGGUUGCUUCUCUCUUCGAUUAGCUUCCAUCUGUUGUUUCUUGCCUUGCCUUUGAGUGCUUUGGAAUUCUGGACGUUUGAAAAUUUGGACAUUCAUACCCACUCCAUGUUUUCCAUGUCCCUAAGUGGUUAAGAUCAACCACACUCCGCGUCACGAUUUCACCAAGGGUCUUUUCUUAAUUCCUACUUUAAGUUCUCUUCCAUCAAUAACAGGAAGAUGGUUGGAAAAACAAAAACCGUAGAAUUGUUCAACCAGAGGAAGAAAUAAUAAUAUACGACCCUUCUCUUUUCCCCCUCUAUGUUUGGAGGAGCACUUUGUAGAAAGAAAAUAAAGGGGAAAGCACAACAUGGACAAAUUCACACAGAAGCACAAGCAAAGGGAAUAUGACUGCGAGCACCAAUAAUGGGUUUUAUGAUGAUCCCCCUUGGAUUGACAAAACGUAGAUUGUGUAGAUGCACAUCGCCCUCUAGCGUUCCUGGACAGAUAAUGAAACAUUUAAAGUCCUUUG